AAAUUGGAAGAGAUUCAGCAGCACGUUUACACGUGGUCGAAUGAAACCGACGUACUUUUCGUAGCUGAUUUUCCAGAGAUGCAUUUGGAUAAUUAUAUCACCAGCAAUUUUACUAACGUCACGUUGACUGUACUUGAAGGGGAAGUGGCUUAUAGUGACAAGAAACAGGAAUGCGAUGUGGUCGUCCCAAAGGGGUCCUCGGUUCCCAUUGUCACUGGUCAGUUCCAUAAAGUGAAGACCAUCAGCAGUUAUCCAGCUUGCUAUAUGUACACGUAUAAUAGCAAUAAGGAACGAAAGGAAACAGAGAG